AUGGAGCCGCCCGCCGACAAUGCCAGCUAUGCCAGCUGCGAGAACGGCUCCCUGAUCACCCUAUAUUGCUCCUCCCAUCAAGUUCUGUGCCAGAUCGUCGGUGACCUCACCCCCCAGGUGCCCAGCAAUGUCACCUCUAUCAGCUGGCAUGAGAGGUUCACGAAGUACUACAGCUUCUACGUCGGCCUGGGUCUGGCCGUCCUGUCCAGCUUCCUCAUCGGCAGCAGCGUCAUCCUCAAGAAGAAAGGCCUCCAGCGUCUGGUGGCCUCGGGGGCCACGCGGGCUGUGGACGGAGGCUAUGGCUACCUGAAGGACUCCAUGUGGUGGGCCGGAUUUCUCACCAUGGCUGCUGGAGAAAUCGCCAACUUCGGGGCCUACGCAUUCGCUCCUGCGACAGUCAUCACACCUCUGGGAGCGCUGAGUGUCCUCAUCAGUGCCAUCCUUUCCUCCUAUUUCCUGGGAGAGAGCCUGAACCUGCUGGGGAAGCUGGGCUGUGUGAUCUGUGUGACCGGCAGCACAGUGAUGGUGAUACAUGCCCCCGAGGAGGAGAAGGUCACCACUGUCAUUGAGAUGGCUGCCAAGAUGAAAGACACAGGGUACAUCGUGUUUGCUGUGCUGCUGCUGGUCUUCUGCCUCAUCCUCAUUUUCGUCGUCGCCCCACGCUACGGACAAAGGAACAUCCUCGUCUACAUCGUCAUCUGCUCUGUGAUCGGGGCCUUCUCGGUGUCUGCCGUCAAGGGUCUGGGCAUCACCAUCAAGAACUUCUUCCAGGGGCUGCCCGUGGUGCGGCAUCCGCUCCCCUACAUCUUGUCCCUCAUCCUCGCCCUCUCGCUCAGCACUCAGGUCAACUUCCUCAACAGGGCGCUGGACAUCUUCAACACGUCCCUGGUGUUCCCUAUCUACUACGUGUUCUUCACCACCAUCGUGGUCACCUCCUCCAUCAUCCUCUUCAAGGAGUGGCACAGCAUGUCCGCCGUGGACAUCGUGGGCACCCUCUCGGGCUUCGUCACCAUCAUCCUGGGUGUGUUCAUGCUUCAUGCUUUCAAAGACCUGGACAUGAGCCAGACACGCUUGCCCCACAUGCACAAAACCCCUACCCCUGUCCCCACCCCCGAGCCCACCAUCAUCAGACUCGAAGACAAGAAUGUCCUCGUGGACAAUAUAGAGCUCUCCAGGACCCCCUCGCCAGAAGAGAAGUCCAAAGUAUUUACCGUCCAUUCUUAA